GCCUUUGAUCAAGCCCUGUACGUGGCCUUCGACUACAUCUGGGGACCCAUGUUGGCGAUGGACACUGUUAUUUUCGUCAGUGGAUGGCAGUUCUUUUUAACAUUAAUACGCUUACGGAUUGCUGUUGCCAUAGUGUGCGAUAAGCAGCAUGUCACUGAUCAACAAACCGAACUGCCGGAGCUGCGCUCCGCGGAAAGCGUGAUAGACAAGCUCCAGGCCACGGCAUUGGAAUACAAUGCCGAAAUGCAGUGGCGGUCACGAUGAAGCGCAGUGUGUGUAUCAGUACAACUGUACACGUUCAGAUAAAUGGCAAACAGCGACGAAGGUGAGUCUUCUCCGGACCUGUCCAUCACGUCACGGCAGUCCAAGGAUCAGAAUGUUCCGAACAAUAAUCGCGGAAGCAAUUGGCGCCAUGCUGUCACCGAGGAAACCUGGAAAUGUACCGUUACCUUGGCCAAAUGGGCCACAAUUAUUUUUAUACAAGGCUUCUUCCGUGCUUUCAUAGUGAUAUUCGCUUUCUACACGGAAAGUGUCAAGACAAAACCGGACUGGCCUGGAAAACAUACCUUAAGAGGCAACAUUGUUUACGCGCCGGCCAUGUGUCUGCCCUAUUUGUUCCUGUGCACGCCGGCCAUUGGCACCAUAGUCAAAACCCUUUCUCUGCGGACCAUGGUAAAAGAAUUCCGUAGCACAAUCCCGACUGCACAGAAGGAUCAACACGCGUUCACGAUAUCCUCUGCCAAAUGGGCGAACACGUGCUAUAAAAUAGCACCUAUUGCCGCAGUUAAUUGCAAAUUGGUGCCGGUUGCAUCAGUGAUCGGUGUGCUUAUCUAUCGAAUCCUUCGGUAUGUUUUCGCUGUUUACCUCGAUCUAUCCAUGUUAGCUGGCUACGAUCGCAUCCAGGGCCUCAUGGUGUUUUUGGACACGGCUACUUACAUCACGGGAUGGCACUAUCUGUUGGCACUAGAGCACUUUCGCGUCGCUGUGGCCAGGACGUGGUAUAAACAAGAGGUCACUGCUAUGGAGACCGACCAACACGAGCUGCCAUCUGUGGGUAUCAUGUUGAAGAGGCUGUGGACAGUCGCAGGAGCCGGCGCGCCAUAAAAAGCUUUUCGGCUUUUUUCGGCUGCCCUUAUGAGGCUCAUCAUGUAUCAAGAGCAUCGCAUCCAACCGACAAUCACGACAGAACUGCAUUGUGCAUGGAGCGAAAAUAGUUUUAACAUUACAAAUAAAGUGAAUUGCUAUAUUUCAAAGCUGAAUUUGUCAUAAAAAGAAGUAUUGUUGUAAAAUGAUCCUUAAAGAAAUGCAUAACUGUCAUUCGCGGAAAUUUAUCAAAUUUAGAAACUGCGAUCCGCCAUUCGACAACCCAGACUAACUGGCAAGCGGCGGAUAGAAACAACCGCUGGCUUUUUUAUGUGGCAGUGUAAAAAGAGCAG